AUGCAGGCACAUACUGCUAGUGUCCUCAUGGACCAUGAAGAGGAUGAAUUUCAUGCUACAUAUUCCAAUGAUGGUAAAGAAUAUGUUGAUUGUAUACACCUAGAUUCUGAUUCUGAAAGUCUUGAUCUCUUGGAUCAUAAUGAGCAAAUUGAAGAGCUCACAAGAAAAUUUGGUGACAGUCCAACGCUUGGCAUGAGUUUUGAUAAUGAACAGGAGGCAUAUCAAUAUUACAAUUCAUAUGCUAGAGGUGUUGGAUUUAGUGUGAGAAAACUAAGAGUAAAUAAGGACAAGAAUGGUGUAAUACAUAAAAGAGAAUUUUGUUGUUCUUGUGAAGGUUUCUAUAGAAAAAAGACAACUCCAAAGAAGAAAAGAGAGCAAAGAAGAUUCGGAUGUAAGGCAAUGCUUGGGAUCAAACUUAAUCGAGAUGGAAAAUAUGUUGUGAAAAACUUUAUAGCUGAACAUAAUCAUGAUCUUGUUCCAUUAUCAAGUUCACAUUUGCUGAGGUCACAAAGAACAAUAGAGCCUUCUCAAGCAGGAUUCAUCAAUCAAAUGCAUCAUGCAGGUCUAAAGCCAUCUCAAAUUUUCUCAUACAUGACAACAGAAGCAGGAGGGCCUCAACAUUUAAAUUUCAUUCAAGCUGAUUGCAACAAUUUGAUUAUGAGAAAGCGCAUUGAAUUUCAAAAAAGAGGCGACUCGCAAUGUUUGCUUGAAUAUUUCAAGCAAAAACAAGCUCAAGAUAAGUCAUUCUUUUAUUCUGUUCGAACAAACAUGGAGAAUGAAAUAUGUGGUUGUUUUUUUUGUGAUGGAAAACCAAGACGUGAUUAUGCUAUAUUUGGUGAUGUUCUGUGUUUUGAUACAACAUUCAAAACGAACAACUACAACAUGGUGUGUGCUCCGAUCAUUGGGCUUAAUAAUCAUGGGCAGACCAUACUUUUUGGAUGUGGUUUGCUAGAUGGAGAGAGUACUGACGCAUGUGAGUGGUUGUUUAAGGUCUUCUUACAAGCUAAUGAAGGAAAAGAACCAAAAACCAUAUUUACAGAUCAAGCUCAAUCAAUUGCUGCUGCAAUCAUCGAAGUAUUUCCUAAUUGCCAUCACCGACUUUGCUUGUGGCAUAUAUAUCAGAAUGCUGCAAAGAACUUGGGUCAUGUUUUUUCUGAAUUUCAAGCAUUCGCGAAAGAUUUUAAAAGUUGUGUAUAUGAUCCAGAGAUUGUUGAAGAAUUUGAAUCAAGUUGGGAAGCUUUACUUGAUGAUUAUGGAUUGAGAGGAAAUAGUUGGCUAGAAGGAAUAUACGCACUGCGUGAGAAAUGGGCACAAGUUUAUGGGCGAGACCACUUUUGUGCAGGUAUGACAACAACACAAAGAAGUGAAAGCAUAAACGCAUUUUUGAAAAAGUUUUUUUCUCGAAACCUUCUUCUUCGAGAAUUUGUUGUACAAUAUGAUAAAGCUGUAGCGGACCGAAGAGAAAAGGAAAGGCAAGCAGAAACUUCAACUAAACAAAAAUGGCGCAAUUUAUCCUCUAAUUGGAAUGUGGAGAUUGAAGCAACAACGAAGUAUACAAGUAAGUUGUUCUAUUGUUUCCAAGAUGAGUGUAAGAAACUUUUAGGUUUGAGGCUGAAAUUACAAAGUGAUGAUGGGCUAACACGUAGAUAUAUGGUUAUGAAUUCUGGAAUGAGAGGAAUGAGCAGAUCACUUACAUAUGACCUUUCUGAUCAAACGGUCAGUUGCAGCUGUAAAAAGUUUGAAUUUGAGGGGAUUCUUUGUGCACAUGCACUAAAAUUAUACCAUGAAUUAGAGUUCUCAACUCUGCCAUCUAAGUAUUAUUUAAAGAGAUGGAGCAAGGAAGCUACAUGUGAUGUUGACUUUGAUUCGAAUGAGGAAGUACCUUUGAGUACUCUAGAGUCAUCUUCCAUGGUUCAGUAUAGCGAGUUAUCUCAUAUAGUACAAAGAAUCAUAGCAAAGGGUGCAAGGAACAACCAAACAUGCACUUUUUUGAAGUCUGAAUUGUUACAGUUAGAGGCAAAAUUAGAAAAACAUCCAUACUUUGGAGACGAACACGAUGAAAUUCUUGAUAAGCAUGUCAGUGAAGAUGGGGAUAAUCUUAAAUUGCGAGAUCCAAAGAUUCAAAAGUCGAAAGGUAGAGGAAAAGGUAGAAUUAAGAGUUCUUUGGAAUCAAAGCCAUCUAAAAGGAAAGGUUCAUCUAAAAGAAAAGAUUUUCAGUAUGGAUUUCCAACUGUUUCUAGUGUUCAAGGGAUUCCAAAUCACCCACUUGGAUACCAAGCUAUACAUCCAUUGUUGUCCAAUUACUCACUUAUACAUCCACAGGAAAACAUUCAACUAAGACCUGAAGGACCAGCUUAUCAACUAAGUUUUUCACAUCCAUCAACAUCUUAG